UGAUCAAACAAGAAAGCACUUUAAUGAUUCUGCCAUUGAUCAUGUUUUUCCUUUUUAACAAACAAAUCAACACUGACAGUUCAGAUUUUAAACUAUAUUCAAAGGAGGGUAUCUACCAAGUAGUGAUAUGAACAUAUUGGGCAUCCAGCCCAGAAUCCCACCCACAGCUCGGCGUUUAUUUUUUUCCACAAAAAAACAUCGAAAAUGUCGGGUUCCUCUAAUCUUGUAGCCAUGAAAAAAGUCGUACAGCAGCUCCGUUUUGAGGCGAGCAUAAACAGAGUGAAGGUCUCCCAGGCAGCUGCUGACCUUCAACAGUUUUGCAUGCAGAAUGCCUUGCAGGACCCUCUGCUCACCGGUGUGUCCUCCAGCACCAACCCCUUCAGGCCACAGAAGGUCUGCUCCUUCUUGUGAAACCUCUGCAUUCAUUGGCCUUCAUUUUGAUGCUACAGGGAAAAGUUGACCUCAACACUGCUCCUCAUGCCAAGCCAUUAUACUGCCACGGGAUCUCUCAAGUGUCAAACACAUUGGAAUCAUGUCAGGAAGAUGACCAUCUAUUUUCAGCCACCGUAGAAGAAAGGAGACAGUUUUAUUUUUCAUGGCACAGUGUGAUUUUCAAGUAAAUAAUUGUGCCUUUUCUAUUGUUCUAUUUUAGUCAUCACUGUUCUGGACUUUUUUGUAUUUAAUGAAUAAAAAAACAUUCUUUACUA